UAUUACUCAAUCAUUUACUCAAUUCUUCAAUCUUCCAGAGAAAAAAUCUCCCCCACUGAAAAAAUAAUGUCGACGAAGAAGAUCAUAUUGAAGAGCUCCGAUGGUCACUCAUUCGAGGUCGAAGAAGAGGCCGCACGCCAAUGCCAGAUUAUCAUAGCUCAUAUGAGUGAAAAUGAUUGUACCGAUAAUGGAAUCCCUCUUCCAAACGUGACAGGCAAGAUUCUUGCGAUGGUGAUCGAGUACUGCAACAAGCACCACGUCGAUGCCGCUAAUCCUUGCUCCGACGAUGAUCUCAAGAAGUGGGACAAGGAGUUCAUGGAAAAAGAUACAUCCACGAUCUUUGAUCUCAUCAAGGCUGCGAAUUACCUAAACAUCAAAAGCCUUUUUGAUCUAGCAUGCCAAACCGUCGCGGAAAUCAUCAAAGGCAACACUCCUGAGCAGAUUCGCGAAUUCUUCAACAUUGAGAAUGAUUUAACACCUGAGGAAGAAGCAGCGAUUCGUAGGGAGAAUAAAUGGGCUUUUGAAUGAGCGGAUUAUCAAAACCUAAACAGCUUUCUUUCUUUUCUUUUCUUUCUUAUUUAGUG